UUUCCAAACAAUACCAAUCCAACGUCCAAUGCUCUUGGUGCUCUGGAUUCUACUUUCAUCAAAUAUGCGGUUCUCAUUCAAUUUCAACAACAAAGUGAGACAGUCCUACAAUUUGUUUUCGACCUUGGCUAUACUUAUAGUGACCUCAUCGAUAUCGACACAGGAAAAAUGUAAGAUCUUAUGAAGGUAUAACUUUGAUGAAAACAAUUGAGGUGUCCGCCUUUCAAUUUUAAUCAUAGAAAAAUUAAGGGUCCAGGAGUUACCAUCAUAUCUUUCACUGGAGGUCCGGGAGAAGUGUCUCACGGCGCACAAAACAUCGUCAAAUUGAUUUACGCCACUUAACAGCUGCGUUUGUCAAGCAUUUCUCAUCUCAAUCAAGGUACUGUGAAGUGCAGUCACAACUUCCGAGCCUGUUCCUCCCCUUCUUCUCUUUAAUCACUGUGCGGCCGUGAGGCAAUAGGAAAUGACAAGCCUCUUCACUGCAAAACAGACCGGUGCCCCAAGUCCACAAGAUGUCAUAGCCACCCAUCAGCGGACCUUCGAAAAUCGUGUAGCGGAAGGAACACUUCGACCUAUGGUUCUACCAUAUCAUCUUUAUGGCUAUAUAUUUUUAGGGAUAUAUCUCUCUGUGCCACACACGAAUCGACCAAUAUUAUACAAGGCUCGGUGGAUAGUGUUGGCUAUUAUAACAUGGUUUCAGCUCAAAACGCUUUGGCAUACGAGCAGCAAGAAUAUGGCAAUUAGUUUUGUGGCAGGCUUGAUGAGUUCUUAUGGUAUCGCUACAACUUUGACUUGGCUUGUGUUUAUGCGGCCGCAAUUCGAUGCUAAGAGGAUUGAGACAAGGAAGAUUCAGAAAUAUAAACCUGCCACACAUGGUAACGAGGGAAAAGCUACAGCACAUACAAAGAGUACAGAAUCUGAUUUAAGGUCGCGUGUAAGAAUAAAUGGAGAAGGAAGUAGAAGUACUGUUGGUUCAAAGGCCUCAAAUGCAAGAGAUGUAGGAACAGCCGAUGGCCAAUCAAAUCCAGAUGGGAUGACGGAGUUUGAAUAUUAUUGGCAAUCUUACCCAGAUAAUAUCUGGGAGAGACUCGACUGGAUAUCUGACUUGGUCAUUAAUUUCCGUGGACCUGGCUGGAAUUGGGCAAUUUCCAUUCUACCAAAGCCUCCCCCUUUCGUCUAUGCUAAAUUGGGCGAACCUGCAGAUGAAGCAUCUAAGAAUAAUAAAUCAUCGACGGGAAUCAAGCGCUUUACCACAAGACUUGAAAUUCUUCGAACUCAAGUUCCCCGCUUCAUCAUUGGAUAUUUCUUACUUGACGCUGUUAAAACUACCAUGAUGAAUGAUUCAUAUUUUUGGCUUGGCCCUAACGACUAUGCUAUGCCUGUCCAUGUUGCAGCAAUGUCUCCACUCAUACGCUGUGUAUAUCGCGAGCUGUUAUCAAUAGCUGGGGUCCUUAUUUCCUUAGAUAUGGCCUUUCUUCUUGCUCCUAUCACAGGAUGUUUACUUCUUGGCUCAUCCUCAUUCAUGGGUCUCAGAGGUGAACCAUGGUACUACCCCACCACCUGGGGUUCUUUCUCAGUAAUUGCAAGUAAAGGUCUAGCUGGGCUUUGGGGAGGUGCCUGGCACCAAAUUUUUCGCCUUAUAUUUUCUGCACCAACAAAUUAUCUUAUUGCAAACAGAUAUCUAACCCCCAAAAGCUCAACUACAAAACUAAUCGCUUCUGUUUUUGCUUUUGCUAUAUCUGGGGUUCUGCAUGCUAGUGGUAGUAUAUCCCAGAUUCCCUCUACAAAACCUUGGAAUCCACCUAUAUUCUUUAUGCUGCAAGCUCUUGGGAUAUUUCUACAAACGGGCUUUUGCACUCUCUUUGGUCAAUACAUCAAGAAUAUCCCGAAACCAAUACGACAAACAACGAAUGUGGUAUAUGCAUUAUCAUGGGGUCUACUGACUGGGUGGUGGUUAGCGGAUGAUUUCGCUCGAGGGGGGAUCUGGCUUUAUGAACCGAUUCCUUUUUCUGUAUUCAGAGGAUUGGGAUUUGCUGGUAAAGAUCAUGGGUGGUGGUGUUGGAAGCAUAUAGGGGUUGGAUGGUAUACCGGGGAGCAUUGGUGGCAGAGUGGUGUUACUAUAUGAGAAUUGGAAGUCUUUGGGGAUUUAUGAACAUGACAUAGCACGGCAUCGCAUUGCAGGUUGUAGCAGCAUAGAAAUUGUAGGUUAGAAUUAGACGGCUCUGGCGCAUAAAACAUCGCUCACAUUGGAAGAUACAAAAUAUUUGUAGGGAAAGCU